AUGUACGCCGCAGUACAUAAAGCAACAAGCGUGGCUCCAGACAUAGAUCGCGUGUUGGACGAAACCAGAAGGACUCCCUUCACUGAUCGCAUAGCUAACGCCAAGAUCAAAGACACCGGGAAAAUGCGAUUCCCAGAAUAUAAUGGAACGGCAGAUCCCUUAGCUCACCUCCGAGCUUUUAGGCUCUCCGUAGCCCGAGCUCAUCUCAAUGAUGAAGAAAAAGAAGCAGGCUACUGCCGUCUCUUCGCCGAAAACUUAGUCGGAUCCGCCCUAGAAUGGUUCACCGGACUAGAGGAAGGGUCCAUAGACAACUUCCAAGAGCUCGGCUCAGCCUUCCUCAAACACUACUCAGUGUUUAUAACCUCCAAGGCCACAGAGGCCGACCUCUGGACAUGCAGACAGAACCACCAAGAGCCCCUGCGGGCUUACUUGGCCAGGUUUAAAGAAAUUAAGUCCAGGAUAGCCGAUUUGAACGAGGGAGUAGCACUCUCUGCGCUCAAACAGGGACUAUGCUUCAACUCACCCUUCAGACAAGAACUAUCGGUUCGUUGUCCAGAAACAAUAGACGACGCGCUCCAUAGAGCCGCAAGCUUUGCCCAGUACGAGGAGGAACAAAACAUCCUCCGAAAACAGUACGAGGCAGGCUUAUUAGUACCUAGCCCCGCCACAACCAAAAAGGCAGCCAAAAAGGAGCCUGGUGGUAAAGGGAUACACGCCUUCACAGUCGGCAGCUCGUCAAAAAAAGAGUCGAAAAAAGAGAAAAAGUCAACCUAUGAUGCGAACAAAUUCUGCACUCAUCACAAUAAGAAGGGGCAUUCUACAGAAGAAUGCCACACAGUCUUAGCCGAAAAGGCUAAACUCGCCGCGAAGACCGCAGAACAAGAAGGGGAGCCCGCAGGGAAAAACGAGGAGCCGGAAAACUCAAAAACUUCAAGUAAGAAAAGAGAUCGAGCUCCCACGGAUGAAAAUCCAAGCUCUCCACCUCCGGGCCCUAAAAAGAGAAUAGAUCUCAUAUUCAGGGGAAUAACUCGGUGCGGAGGGUCCAUGAAGUCGGUGAUCUCACCUCCACCCACUCCCAAAAAGGAUGCCAAACCGCAAACUAACAACCAGCUUGUGGAAGCUCGCAAGUCCGCAAAACCAGAACUUUCCAAAUUUCAGGGAAUCCUGGAACUCUUCGAGCGACCUAAGCCUAAACGAAUAAAUUUCAUAUCGGGAGGCUCCAAACACUGUCGAAAUUCAGUAAAUUCGAUAAAAGCCUACCAAAGAAGGGUCGAGACCGAUAUGCGGGAGCGCGCUCCCCUACAAGGUCCCAACCACAAAGUAGUUUUCUUGGAAAGUGAAACACUCGAUCUAGACAAACCACACGACGACGCUCUAGUAGUUCGUCUAGACGUAGGGGGGUCUGAGCUAUCCAGGAUUAUGAUCGAUACUGGGAGCUCGGUCGACGUGUUAUUUUAUAACGCGUACAAACAAAUGGGUUUCGGUGACGACAUACUCUGCGGCACCAGAUCGCCGCUAACUGGCUUCGCAGGUGAAACCACCUAUUCGAUGGGCACUAUCAUGCUCCCGGUAGUAUCCGGCGGAGUCCUACAACUAACAGUAUUCGAGGUUGUAGACCGCUCCGCUCCUUACAAUGCCAUACUGGGGAGGCCAUGGCUCUAUAAUAUGAGAGCAGUACCCUCCACAUAUCAUCAAUGCGUGAAGUUCCCAACCGCCGAGGGAGUCAAGACAGUCCGCGGAAGCCAACGGGCUUCCAGAAGUUGCUACAUGACAGGACACAAGCAGAUCGAACAGUCCCCUUUGUAG